GCUUGCACCAAUGUACCUAUCCUAAUAAAAAAUGAAUGACAAAGAAAAAGAGAUAUGCCCUCGUCUGAUUGACUUUCUGGUUGUCGUAGGAAAGCGAAACCGUACUAGAGGAGCCAGUCAAAGCAGCCCGGAUGCCACUACAGACACCACAGUCACAUAUCCUGAAAUUCUAAGACGGUACCCAACCGAUGAUCAUAAAGAUUUUAUAUUGCCAACUGAUGUCACUGUGUUUUGCCAACCGGAAGGAUGUACUACUACGAGUGCACGUCUACGCAAAAAUGCACGGAAUGAUCCACAAUUUUUUGUGUUCAUGCUGACGGAAAAGGACUCUGCAAAAGUUCGAUAUGGAAUCUGCCUUAAUUUUUACCAAUCUUUCGACAGACGCUCAACUCCUAAAGAUGAAAUCAAGAAGGUUCCAGAUGAUGCUCACCACAAAAAACGCGACUCCCACGUCUCAUUGACGAGUCUCUGCUUUAUUUCACACCAUCCCUUCGUUUCAAUUUUUCAUCAAGUACUUCUUCUUCUCAAGCGCAUCAUUGACAGCAGCAAUCACAGAGCCGCACAGCGGACUGGGCUCAAAGACGUCGUUUGGGCAAUACUUACAGGUCAUUAUAAUGAGCCAAUUGUACCGGAGGUGAUGAAGGAAAUUAAGGAGAUUGAGACAUGGAUCUUAAUGUUGUUAAGCUCCCCAGUGCCUGUUCCAGGAAAAACCAAAGUUCAAAUUGAGGUGAUGCCUAUGGAUCUGUCACAAGUUUUUGAGUUUGCCCUUCCGGAUCAUACCAGAUUCACACUAAUCGACUUCCCAUUGCACAUUCCGUUUGAAAUCCUCGGUAUCGACAUGGCUCUUCGUGUUUUGACCGCAGCAAUGCUGGAGUUUAAGAUUGUUAUUCAAUCCCGAAACUACAACGCUGUAAGCAUGUGCAUACUCUCCAUAGUAGCACUUUUAUACCCACUGGAAUACAUGUUUCCUGUCAUACCUCUCCUGCCAGCUUACAUGCCAUCCGCCGAGCAGCUUCUUCUUGCUCCGACUCCGUUUUUGAUUGGUGUCCCUUCAUCGUUUUUCCAUCAUCGCAAAAUUAGAGAGCUCCCGUCAGAUGUCAUUCUCGUUGACUUGGACACAAAUUGUCUACAGGUUCCAGAUGAUUUAUACAUCCCCGAUCUUCCUGAACCAGACGCCACACAUUUGAAAGAACGUCUGAAAAAUGCCAUUAACAAAAUGACUACUAUGACUGUGGACAAUGAGACCAGCGUGACAGAUGCAGAUUUUGGAAUCGACAUUGACAGUGUCGAUGUAGCAUGUCGAGUUGCAAUGGUUCAAUUCUUCAACUCGGCCAAUGUUUUCGGAAACUUCAGUGAACAUACCAGAACCCUCCGGCUUUACCCCAGGCCAGUGGUGUCGUUGCAAACGGACUCAUUUCUUCGAAGUCGUCCGCAAUGCACACAAUUGAUCACUGACCUGUGUCGAACUCAAGCAGUGGAAUAUUUUGCAGAAUGUUGUCUUUGUCCCAAAAAUGAGACGUUUGUUAGAGUGCAAGCGGGAAUUGAGAGUGCCGAGCAAGUUGGCGAUAAACCGAAGUGGUUCAGCGAAUCACUCAUGCCUGUUCAUUUUAUGGUGUACCCCAACAAUUCCACAUUAGACUCUGCCAUUCGUGUGUACAACGCUGAAAUUGAUAAUGAUGACUAUGAAGAUGAUAGUGCAACUUCUACGGAAAACUCCAAUAGCAUUGAUGAUUUGGUAUUUGAUGAAAACCAAGUUACAGAUGCCGGAGGAGAAGUCACCAAACCACUCGCCGAAGUAAAUUACAUUUACAAAGAGCCAAUGACAUUAGAACUCCCACAAAGCGAGAGUGUCGUGUCAAUUGACAGCUCAUUGAGCAGUGGAAGGAGUAGUCCGGACUCUUCACUUUCCACGUCAGCAGUUGAUAGUGAAGCGGACUUUGCAAGACUUGCAGAUAAUUUAGCACUAAAAUCUAAUUCUCAAGGAGCAUUCUCGUUUGAUCAUGGGAGCGAUUCUGAGUAUGAAUCUACUCCAGUGUCACAAAGAAGAAAGACAAUUCAUAAUCCUGGAAGUGAUGCUUCCGAUACACCUACUAGUAGGGGUUCUAUUAAAUCUGGAUUAAGAAUGAAAGGACUCACCACACUAACGGACUCUGGUGAGAAAGUGUUAGGACCUUCGUUAAUGAAUGCAAUCAACGGAUACGCGGAGAAAAGUCAAAGUGUUUUCAGUCAAGUAAUCAACAAAACUGCUCCAAAGGCUCAGGCGCUCAAAGAGCGAACAAUGAAGCCCCUUGCAAAUAGAAUUGAACAAAGUCAGCACAUUGUGAGAUCAAAAACCCAGCCGAAUCCGACAAGUCAACAAACUGCAAAUCAGCAGAGCAAGAAUCAGCAAACCGUGAAAGAAUUCUGCGAUCAAGCGUUAGUGGGACAGAGCGUCGGAAUGUUUUCUGCUCCAAAAUUGAAGCGGCUGAUGGAGGAUGAAAGUCUUCGAGAACUUGUCUGCUCGAAAUUAAAUCUGGGGUUAGAAGUCAAACUAUCAGAAGAUGAAUAUGUCAAAGAAGUGCAAUUGACAAAAGGCCAGUUCAAAGCAUAUGUGAAAAUCCUUAAAGCGUGUCUGGAAGGAAUCGAGGUGUCAUUCAACACUCCUGGAUGUUGCGGGUUUGCUAGUGUAUUCCAUGUUCUUGAAAUUGCUCACACACAUUACUGGGCGAUGGGUGGAGGAGAGGUUAUAACACCAAGCAGUUCUGCUCCAAGCACGAUGACAACACCCUCCGAACACUCAAAUGACAUUCUCAAAGAAUCUAGACCAAAACUUCCCGCCUCUACAAUUGAUCUCCGUACUCCAACCAAACCGCUUGGACAAAACGUCACACCAACAUCGACUAAUAAUCAUGAAAUUGCACAAUCCACUCGUUCGCCAGCCUUACCACCACCAGUCCCUCCACGUGAAGCUCCACCAAUUCCAAAAAGAAAUCCACCUCCUCUAGGAGCUCCACCAAAAGUGCCCGAAGGAGCGAGGGCUCCACCUCCAUUACCACCGAGACCAAAAGUUAAAACAACAGCGGUAGAUGAAACUCCGCAAAAUCUUGUGCCAAACAACCAACCUGCACAACCAAGCUCUCCGAGUUUUCUUGCUGAUGCUGAUGAACAGACGAAACCACUUUUGAAACCAGCACCACCAACAACACUACCUGUUGGGAAACAAGAACCUUGCAAAGUGCUUCCAACUCCAAAUGAGCCAGUGAGACAUUAUAUCUAUCAAGAAUUAAUAUUGGCAGUUCAACAUCAAAUUUGGCAAAAUCUACAGUUCUGGGAAAACGCAUUUGUGGAUCUUGUUGCGCAGGAACGCGAAAUCGUCGGAAUGGACCAAGAGCCAUCGGAAAUGAUUGACAGGUACUCCGCGUUAAACGAUUCCGAAAAAAAGCGCCUUGAAUUGGAAGAAGAUCGUCUUCUUUCGACUUUACUUCACAAUAUGACUGCGUACAUGAUUAUGUGUGGAACCGGACAAAAGGCUCUUCAGCAAAAAGUUCGGCGACUUCUAGGAAAAGCUCACAUUGGUUUAGUUUGCUCAAAAGAAAUAAAUAAGCUGCUUGAUGAAUUGCCGUCAACACAAGGCAACUUCAUUCCACUCAAGCCACUUGGAAGCCGGCUAGUGCAGAAACAAUCGUUCACAGUGUGUCCUGGACAAAGCUCAGAUGGUCAGAUGAUGUUUAUGGAGGUUUGCGAUGAUGCAGUUGUCCUCCGAUCAAUAACCGGUGCGGCAACUGAGCGUUGGUGGUACGAGCGUCUUGUGAAUAUCACAUACUCGCCGAAAACAAAGAUUCUUUGUCUUUGGAGACGACAUGACGAUAAAGUGCAUAUGCAUAAAUUCCACACGAAAAAGUGCCGAGAACUUUAUCAAUGUAUGAAGGCAGCAAUGGAAAGAGCGGCUGCACGAGGAAAAGUGAAUGUUGAGGGAAGAGCCCUGGGAGGAGAGUUUCCAGUUCAUGACACUGAAACUAAUCAAGGCGGAUUGCUACAAGUACGUUGUGACGGGGUUGCUGUUAUUUUUGCCCACAACCAAAUAUUUAUUGGGCUGUCUAAUAUUAAGAAAUGCAACACAUUUGGCGGGAAUGUUUUUCUUUUGGAAGAAUUUGACCGCAAAAAAGGAGAAAUUAUUCAGAGACGCUACUUUUCACAAAUGGCAGAUCAGAUUUGCUAUGCAGUUCUGUGCGUCUUCUCCCUAGCAGCUGCUGGACACAAAAAGGAAGAGCAUAGUAAAUAAAUUUGAACUUUUUUCUUUUUAUUCUUGUUUUCCUCGAUUUCUUAGAAAUGUAGAUAUUUGAAUUUUAAUUAAUUUAUACAGAUACACAUAACAUAAUAUAAAACACUCACAUUUGACUUUAUGACAGUGCAAUUUUAGUCAUGUUCUUUCUUCUUUUUCCUUUUUUGUCGUUUUCUCCGUUUUUUUUUGCUUGACUUGCUUUGAGUUUACAUUCUAUCCAGGCCAACUUCUUUUGUCUUCAUUUCGUUUCUUCUCAAAAUUGUCAUAGAGCCUAGUAGGUCGUGUUUCAAUUAUUUAUUGGCAAUAAAUUAAUCAAAAUUU